AUGCCUCCAAUGCGGCUCUUAUCCACCACCACACUCGGUCAAUCCGUGAGAACGUUCGCCUCACACUCGGCAAGGAGAACGACGCUAGUCGGACAUCGCUUACAUGGGCCUUCGGCUCGGAUUCUCACAAAGACCGCCCAGCCUCACCACCACAUUUCGGCGGCCUCGUCGUCAUUCCCCAUGGUCAUUCGGGACGGACUCAGUUACAGCGCCUUGGGAGCGUUGACCUCGGCGGGUGCGUUCUUGAUUUAUUGCGCGGACAAGGACGCCGACAUGAUGGAACUUCUCGCCACGCCGGACGCGCUCGGUUGA